CAGUAUCACUUUACGCCUGAUAGUAUUGUGUUGUUUUUCACCGUAGUAAAGGUGACGAAAAAAAACCCGGUGGAAAACCGUCCAAACAGAGGAAAACCUACACACACGAUAAUCCAAUUACGACCUUUUCGUUCAUAAUCCGCUCCAACAGUCGGAAAGCGCAUGAUAUAAAUACGCUACGACGCACGCACACAUACAUGAAACCCGGGUCACACCGUCUGUCUGCUGUGGCCUACGGUGUACCAAGUGACACCAAAUUAACCGCCCCUCCGAGGGUGGGGUACAGGGGCACAGCGACACCGGUUGAAACGCGUCUUACGAAUCUCAAGCUUUUAUCUCAUUUAAUCACGUUCAAAAGUACCCACACAUCAUUGGCAGCGUUUGUUUGGUUCUGUGUAUGAUGUACAGUGAAUAAUUAAAAAGCUAUUAGUUAGUGGUGUUGUGUAGCGUAUUAGUGAACUCCGGAUGCCAUAUAUUCUACCCAUUUCGCAAAGGGAAGAAAGCGUAACGUAAGCAUCCGUGUUAAGAAGUUGGUCACCUUUCGUGGAGGGAUGUUUGUGCGUCGUUGUCGUGUGCGUAAAGUGCAGUGAAGUUUGUUGUGCGUAAAGGUAAAAGUGUGUUUUUGCGUUGUAUUUGUUUGUGACGUGCUAGUAUCGUGUAAUACCAAUAGCUUAAGGAGAGGUAUUUUUUUAAAUUGUAAGUGAUUAAUCGUACACACCGAAUAUCAAGAAAGUGACGUUGCAUAUGGUUGCUGAAAAGGAAAGGAUGCAGUAGCGUGAAGCAAAACAGCUUGGGUACGAACGGUUGGAAGUGCAUCACAAUUUCUCGCCUGCUGCGACCAGAGAUUACAUCAUCUCAGUAGUACACGCUCACUCGCAUUCACGUUCACUCUCUGGCACCUGUACGCACGCUGGCACUAUCUCGCCCCCUCUCUCACACACUGUCUCGCUCACUCGUUCUCACUCGCUCUAUUUGAUCUCGUCCGAGGAGUCUGUGCGUUCGGUUCUGGGUUUCGCGGACGCACCCGAGAGCUGUUGUGCUAGAGCACAUUUUAUCCAUUGUGCAAAUAUCGCUCGAAUGGUGGAGUAGUGCUGUGCUAUCGGUGCGAUUUCAUCGUAUCAACCCUUGUGUUUGUGUUUGCCCUACGAUCGCGUGUCCACGUGUAUGUGUAUGUGUAUUUCCAUUAGCGGCCGUAGUAUACCGGGUGCUAAAUGAAAGUGUUCUACUACGAAUGAGUUGCGCGAGGCAUGCGUGAGCUAGUAGAAAAAGUUAUCAUUAAAAGUAGAGCAAAAGUGCGAUCAGUAACGUAUCGUUAUCGUAGCGCAAGCAAACGUGAUAUAUGCAAACGCACACACGCACAUACUUAGCGUAACAUACAUUCACGAUACGCAUCAUUGAGCCGCAUUGCCGUAUGCUUCAGCAUCCUUCCAUCGUUGUUCACUGCUAGAGCCACACAAUUUUCCGGGAGUGAAUAGAAACCGAGUCGUGGCCACAAUUCGUCGCACGUAUAAACGAAAAGACAGCUUCAUACAAUGAGUGCCAGCAGCAGCUACGGACCGUCCGCUUCCGUUAGUGCCGUCUCGACGCCGAUCAAUGCCGGUAACAGGCCGGAUUCGGCCCCCGCCUUCGGUAGCUCGCACCAGGCGUCCACACCACCCAACUCGGGUGGAAAAUUUCUCGACGUGAAGACCGAGGAGAAGAAAAAUCGCCGAACUUCGCUGCAGAUGCUUCUGCCCAAGCUUCCAUCGAACGACAGUGCCGGCCCUAGCCCGGGACCGUCCUCGCCAGGAAUCACGGGAUGGAACGACAACAGCCCCAAGAUCGAGUCAGGCUUCCCAGACAAGCACGAUUCUGCCAAACUCAAUCGGAAAGAGUCGUACAAAGCACAACGAAAGAACUACAGGCGAGAGAAGAAGCGGGUGGCAUCAGAGUUACUCAAUUCACUGCAAGACCCGGCCGUCAUUGUGCUAGCGGAUUGGCUGAAGAUUCGAGGAACGCUGAAGUCAUGGACAAAGCUGUGGUGUGUGCUUAAGCCAGGCCUGCUGUUCAUCUACAAAAGCCCGAAAACGAAAAGCAGUCAUUGGGUCGGUACGGUGUUGCUUACAUCCUGCCAGGUGAUCGAGCGACCGAGCAAAAAGGAUGGAUUCUGUUUUAAGCUAUUCCACCCGCUGGAUCAGACAAUCUGGGCACCGCGUGGUCCGGACAAGGAAACGAUGGGUGCGGUAGUACAGCCACUUCCGACAUCGUACCUUAUCUUUCGCGCCCCAAGUCAGGCGGCUGGCAAAUGUUGGAUGGACGCUCUGGAGCUUUCGUUGCGCUGUUCAGCACUGCUGGUGCGUUCCGUGCCGAACAUUGACACGAAUCUAAGCGAAGGAGCGACCAGCACUACGCACGAAACGCAGUGGUCUGAGGCGGAUUAUGAAAAACACUUCGAUGAGCAUGCUCCGCGCCUGAAAGAACAUUUGAACUAUCUGCUCAAGUAUCUUCCACCAUCCCCGCCGGAGAAGAACAACCUGCGUGUAGAACCGAUAGAAAAAUCCCUGCCCCGUAGCGCUUGCCCUUCGCCGACACCGAUCUUUCAGCAGCUCUACCUGGCGGUUGCUCACUGGGAGCGCUAUCUGCGAGAUUCGCCGGAAUUUUUCCGCUGCCGAUCGGUUGACAUCGGUGUUCCGUUGCGUCGACGGAUGCCAUCAUCCUCCGGAACGGUUUCACCGGCUGGUGUCGAUGGGGACGAGGAAGAAGACGAGGAAGUGUUCAAGACUAGCGGGCAGGAUGACGGUGCGAUGCUGAUGGCAGGUGGCAAGCGGCGCAAUUCGUAUCAGGUCGGAAGCAACAUUGUGCCGGUAGCAUCCGACGCUGGCAAACUAAUGGCGGUUAAUGGUUCCGAGAAGCUGCGCCGUCGUAGUUCACCGGCAGAUUUCUCCAAAGGUCACCAUGGCAUCACAAUACGCAUCUCUGACGAUCAAUAUCUGGACAUCGAUAGCCAGCUGGAUCAGGGCACGAUGGUAUCCGCAGGCGAAUCGGAGUCUGAGUCAGACUUGGGUGAAGGUAUGGAUGUGGAAGAAUUUCCCGAAACACCUUAUGUGCACUCGCCCGAGGAAGAGUUUGGUGCGGCUGGCGAGCAAGUGGAAGAAUUACCGGAGGAGCAUAAAAGUUUGAUUUGGUUUCUGGUAAAACAGGUGCGUCCUGGGAUGGAUCUCAGCAAGGUGGUCUUACCGACAUUCAUACUGGAACCUCGCUCGUUUUUGGACAAACUUGCCGACUCGUACUAUCAUGCUGAUAUUCUUUCGAAGGCAGUGCUUGAAGACGAUCCAUUCACUCGCAUGAAAACGGUGGUCCAGUGGUAUUUAUCUGGGUUCUACAAGAAACCGAAGGGGCUGAAAAAACCGUACAAUCCGAUCCUGGGCGAAACGUUCCGGUGUUACUGGCAGCACGAAAACGGCAGUAGGACAUUCUAUAUUGCCGAACAGGUAUCCCACCAUCCACCGGUAUCGGUGUUUUACGUAACAAAUCGUCAGGAUGGAUUUUCUAUCAGCUGUAGCAUACUGGCAAAGUCCAAGUUCUAUGGCAAUAGUACAUCGGCCAUCUUAGAGGGUGUCGCAACGCUGACACUGUUACCGCGCGGCGAAUGCUACACACUAACUGUACCGUACGCGCACUGUAAGGGAAUCCUAAUGGGGACGCUUUCGAUGGAGCUGGGUGGCAAAGUGUCGAUCGAGUGUGAAAACACGGGCUAUAAAACAGAGCUGGAGUUCAAGCUGAAACCGUUCCUGGGGGGCAAUGAGUACACGAAUCUGGUGGUCGGCAAACUAAAGCUGGGCAAGGAAACGAUGGCUUCCAUCAACGGACACUGGGACAGCGAGAUACGGAUAAAAGAUUCACGCACGAACGAGGAAACGCUUCUUUUUAAUCCUACGCCGGAUAUACGUGGUCGCCGUCUUAAACGGUUUACCGUACCCAUGGAGUCGCAGGGUAUGAACGAAUCGGAACGGCUGUGGCAACACGUAUCGGCUGCCAUACAUCGGGACGAUCAGGUAGGAGCAACCGAGGAAAAGACGGCCCUUGAAGAGGCGCAACGAAUCUCGGCCAAGGAGCGGAAGGCAACCUGCACCGAGUGGGUACCGCUGCUAUUUCAGCAGGACUUUGUUACCGGCCAGUGGCACUAUAAGUUUGCUGAUCUGCGCCCAUGGGAUCCACGGAACGAUCUGCGGCAGUAUGAGAGUAAUUACCGGAUCCAAACGAAAACUCGUCACCAAGCGCCGAUGGUGCGUACGGCAUCCGUCGUAAGCACUGAUCCGUUGAACAUACUACAGGUGGAUUCACGAGGUUCACUGCGUAAAAAUCGCUCCGGAGCGAUAAAAUCUAGGAAAAUAUCUUCCAACACAUCGACGCCGGAUCUGAACGAUCCGAAUUCGGAUUCUAGUCAUUCUAACGGCCAUGACACCGUACUUUCUAGCACAAGAAUCAUGCAAACGCUGGAUGACAUCAACAAAAAGCUGGAGGAGCAUUCCAAGAAGCUUGUUAAACUGCAGCUGGACAUGGACAAAAUACAUUGGGCACCGCCACGUAGAUCGCAGUUGAGCGCGGACGGCCCGAUGGGAAUUUUUACGUCGAUUAACGUUAGGACGGCGGUGUUCGUUGUUAUUGGAUUACUGAUACAGAUGUUGAUUUCAUGGUUUCUCAUCAAGCGUUCGCUUGCCACAGUGAUCACAACUGGCAGUAGUGAGACCGACGGAGGAGGUGGCGGCGCCAGUGCAGCAAUCAAUGAAAACUAAGCAUUAUAUUCGUGUGCAUCGUAAGCGUAUGAAGGAUACAUAUUAGAUUACGCUAUUUGAUACUCUUUUAUAUAUACAUUCAUCGGUCAACCGAUUGACGCAUAUUGACGCUGUAGCUAGAGUUCCGAGGAAAGCUUUCUAUGCAUGGGUAUCAAUUUUCCUAAACAGUGUACCAGGCGCCUCCAUUACCCGCGACAUAAUGCCUAAACAAAUUUAUAUCCUUGUUACAGGUUUAGAUAUUGACUUCCUUCACUAACCAUAAGCUUGAAACAAAUGAAAAAAAAAAAACUUUUGUAAAAUCUCUACAGAAACAUAGAAAGGAUAAAAAGCUUGACGAUGUGAGCUUUCGCCAAAGGCUCAAUAACCAUUUCCUCUCCCAAGGUUUCCCACUUUUACCACAAAAGGCUUUUCUGCUAACGGUAACAUUCCAUAUAAGCUUUGUUUGCCGCCGGCGGCUAGCGAAGACACAGUGGUCGUGUGGCAGUGCCCUCUGGUGACUUUUUUCGUUUCAAUCGGCCCAGCUUAUAUUAAACAACACUUGAACGUGUUUUCCCAACCAAACAUUAAUCGAAUCUGGUUUUAGGGUUAAAUACAAAGCGCAAAGAGCUUAAUAUACAUAAUCUGUGAAAAAAAAAACUAAAAAAAGCAACAAUUACAUAACGAAUGGUUUCUAGAACGUUGUAAUCUCGAAACGCAGUAUACUUUAUAGCUACUAGUAGUCGUCGGUUUUAGAGUGUUUUUGCCAAAUUGUUGGUAUAGUGAUACUUUGAUACCCUUUGAUCAAUAAUUUCUCGUUUGCUUUGGCCUGAACGCUGUAUCGUAUUUCUGUUUGUUUGUCAUUGUUUUGCUUGUUCGCUCUGCUAAAGCCAUGCUUUGCGUUCGUGGAGCGAUAUGCAGUAUACUUAUAUUAAUUAUUUGCCUUUAGAGUUAAUGGUGUUACAAUUGCAAUAAUGUACGAAAUGGUAUUAGUAAGUAAUGGUGUAUUGACAGCAACAGUUGUCAGGUUGGGCAAACAGCUAUAGUACCAUCGCUGGCAUAAUCAUAUUGUUAUUAACUGGAAUAAACUUUGACGAGUGGCAAUCUCUGAACGAAUGAAGAAGUA